AUGGGGAUUUUGUCAGAGUUGUUGAUGGGGAUUGAAGCGGAAGCCAUUGUUGCAUCUCUGAAACCAUAUCCAAUUACAAAAAAAGCAGCAACUAAACAAAACCUAUUCUCUCUCCUCUUUCGUUCCUCAAAAGAGCUAUCGAGAUUAAGGAACUUGAAGGAUUUACAUUUACAUUUACAUUUUGAGGGGUCAAUUCCUAAGGAGGUAGGCCUACUUUCUUCACUUGAAUUACCGACCUUGGGUGACAAUAUGCUCCAUGGAAGCAUACCCUCAGCUUUGGGAACCUUGCAGCAUCUUAAGCAACUCAAUUUGAAUAAUAACCAACUUAAUGGGAGCAUCCCUCCAUCUUUGUGCACCCUGCCAUUUCUGGAGAACCUUGAACUGAAUGAUAGUGAAUCGGAAGGAACCAUACCCUCUUGUUUAGGCAACUUCACCCACAUUCAUCAACUAUCGCUAAAUGGCAAUGAACUUGUAGGCAGCAUACCUCCAACACUCGGCAACCUCUCUGCUCUUCAAUGCCUUAGCCUCAUCUUUAAUCACUUAGGGGGUUCCAUCCCCCAGGAGCUCGGCCGUCUUCAUUCGUUGGAAUCAUUGUAUCGCAUUGAUAAUGAUUUAUUGGGUAAUUUCUCAUUCUCCACCUUCUCAAACCUAUCUAAACUCACAGAGUCUCCCUUUCUGAUAACACUAACCUGA